AACCGCGCACUGUUUACUAUGCAAUAGGAACGCAUGCGUAAAAUCAAACAUCCGGGUAACUCGGCCUACGCGCGAAAUGGAGUAGAGGUAAACAGUAAACGCGAAUGAGAAUAUUCUGGAUAGAAAGCAGAUAAGAUGCAGCUGCGACAGAAGUCGAGCGAAGUAUCUCCACCUCCAGAAAAAUCAAAUCGAGUGAAAAAAUUGCUUGGUCAACGUAAAAGAGAGAUUGGAGGUGUACGGAAAGUCGAGAAUGGGAAGACAACUCCAGAGAAGAAACCAAGAUUAGACCCUUGCAAUGGUGACCUCAAUGAAUCUACAGAAAGUUUUAUUACAUCCACACCUCAAAUUAACCUCUUAAAAAAGAAAGAAAGCAAGCAAGGGAACAAAAUCUCCCCAACGGAUACUGGGAGCACUACAUGUACAACAGUCCUUGGAACAAAUACAAUUUUUUCACCACGUUAUGACCAGACAGUAUGGGAAGUAAAUGGAACAAAUGGUAGUUUAAAUGGAGAUUUUAAAGUCGAUGUACUACCACCAGAUACUGAACCUAUUGGAACUGUAUUACGUACAUGUAACUCUGUAGGUAAAGAAAAUGAAGAUCCGUGUAAAGAGAAUUACUGUGAAAUAGUAACAGAGGAAAAUAAUAAUGGAAGUGUUCAGAUGUAUAAUCCCUCCGUCCCGUCUGUAGAGUGUGAUUCAAAUUAUGUUGUCUGUGAAGAAGAAUGUGUUGAAGGUGAAACUUACGAGUGGGAACAAGAAGCAUGUGAUCCGUAUGCCAUUAUAAAGAAUUUACCACCUCUAACGGAUGAAUUAAGGGCAAGAGUACCUGCCUUACCUGUCAAGACAAGAAGCUCACCCCAGUUUUCAUUAGUGCUAGAUUUGGAUGAAACAUUAGUGCAUUGUAGUCUAACAGAGAUGGAAGAUGCAGCCUUUUCAUUUCCUGUUGUGUUUCAAGAUGUGACUUACCAGGUUUAUGUGAGAACACGACCAGGGUUUCGUGAAUUCUUAGAAAGAGUGUCGAAGAUGUAUGAGGUUAUUUUAUUCACAGCUUCUAAAAGAGUUUAUGCUGACAAAUUACUCAACUUGUUAGAUCCACAGAAAAAACUUAUAAAACAUCGGUUGUUCAGAGAGCACUGCGUUUGUAUUAAUGGUUAUUACAUUAAAGACCUCUCCAUACUAGGGCGAGAUUUGUCAAAGACGCUCAUAGUUGAUAACUCACCACAGGCCUUUGGUUAUCAGCUUGAUAAUGGAAUACCUAUUGAAAGCUGGUUUAUGGAUCAGGGAGAUCAGGAACUAUCUAAACUCUUGCCGUUCCUUGAAAGUUUAGUAGCAAUGAAUGAAGAUGUUAGACCUUAUAUUCGUAACCGAUAUCGUCUUCAUACAUUAUUACCACCAUAGGCAGCAUACGGUAUCCAUUUUAGAGCUCCAGUCAUUUAAGGCAAUCACAGUCAUUGGUUUGGAAUCAGUCUUAUUCAAAACCAUUUAAGAGAUAAUGUUUUUAGUGUAUAAAGUGUUAUGAAGUAUAUUUGUAAAAUUUGUUGUUAUAUCAAUUUUCUUCAUUGUAAUCAAAAACAGAUUCCAUAUUUUACCUAUUAUAAUCACAAUGAUAAUGCCUGUAAUUUGUUAUAUUAUUUAAGGUUUUGUUUUGUAUAUAAUAUGCUCAGUAUUAUAUGAUUGAGUAAUUUGGUUUUGUAUGGCAUUUUCCUACUUUUACUUCUUUGACUAUCAACACUAAUCUCUUGUUAGGCAGCACAUCAUUAAAAGAAUAAAAUACACUUAUGUAGGAGUAGAUAAGUCAUUUUAUUAAAUUCUUGAGCUUUUGCCAAAUCUUGAAGAAUUUCAUUCCUUUCCUUUUUACCAAAGACAAUUGCAUGAAAUAUAUCAUGAGUUAUUUAUUUAUCAUUCAUAUUUAACAUAUGAAGGCAGCCAUAUUCGUAUUUGAGAGAGAACAGAAAUAUUUAAUUGUAAAUUUUUGUUAUAUUUUUAAGUCUUGAGGCUGCCUUUUAAAGAUCAUGCCAUGUGUGUAUGGCAAACAAAGAUAAUUUAAAGUUUUGAAUACUGGUAGUUUCAGUUUACAUUGACCACUAUUAAAAGAUUUUAUUUUGAAGAAUUUUAGUUACAUAUGUGAAAGCAAUUUAUUUUAAUCUUGAAGAUAUGUCUGCAUAUUUUUGUAAAAAGAAAUGAAGAUUGUAAUUUAUGAUUACCAGUAGUCAAUUUAAAGGAUUUUCCUAAUAUAUAAAAGAUAAUCAUUAUUUAUGAAUCCACCAAUUCGUCUGAUCCACCAUACAUUAAGUUUCAUCUAUUUUUAAAUGUAUUUUCAGAGUCAAUUGAUUGUUAAUGAUUCAUUACCAUCCCAUUAAGAUCUAUUUGUGAAAAGAUAGCAUUCUUCAAUUCUUAUACAAUUUUAUUUUAGGAAUAUAGUUUCAUUAUCCAUUUAGGACUAUUUCUUUUAAAAUUACCUGGGGUAAUGGGAACACCACUCUUUAUAGACCCCCUACUAACAAAAUGGGUAUAUUUGUUAAUGUCUCUGCAAACAGAAUAUUUUUUUUUAUUCUUUCUAAAAAUUCUUUCUAACCAUGCAGAGCUUUUUUCAAAACCCCAAUUGAUAGAAUCCAUUUUUUUUUUUCCAAGACCCCCUCACCUGUCAGAUUAUUUUUGAACGUGGCCUUCUCACCCACCCAGGUAAUUUUAAAUUGAAUAGCCCUUAUCUCUGUCUUAGUUUUAUUACAAUGAAGAAAAUGUCUUAACCUUAGAUCAAAUGUAUUAUUAUUACUAUUAUUAUUAUUUGUGAAAUUUUUAUUGGAUAUGUAUAUUUGUUUGUGAAAUAAUUAUAUUAUAUUAACAAAGAAUUAAAAUAACUUGAGAGACUAUUGUAGUUUUAUAUAAAUAGAUUAUUAUAUCUUUUAGAUAACUUUCCCAGUUUUAUUGCUAAAUUUUGUGGAAAUAGAAAUAUUAAGUGUCUGUUUAUUUUGUUUGUUGUUGUUGAGGUUGUUUGUAUUUUAUUUGUUUUUUUUCUUUCUUGAAUUUGUUCUUGCAAAAACCUCUUCAGUGACCUUGAUGUGUAGAACCACUGGAAUGUAUUUAACAGUGUGUUCGUAAUUAUGCAAAUCUUAUUUUGUGUGUUGCUUAUUGCUAAACUGAGUUUUCAUUAGUGCUACAUUUUUGUAUUUCUAAAUAAUAAGUGCAUUAAUUUUUUACAAAAAAAUUAUUCAUACAAGAUAGUGAUUUAAAAUAAAAAGAAGAUAUUCCACCCUCAAUCUUACAAAUUUGAAAUUUUGAAGAAUAUAGUGUGAAUCGUUUUCUCAAUAAAGUUAUUUCCCUUCUUAUAUUUUCCUGUAUAUUCAAUGCUUAAUAUUGAAAUAUAUUUUGCUGGGUUGGGUCAACUUUCUUUCUCAACUUUUCAUGCUUUUAUAUGAAAAGUAACUGCAUAUAUUUGAUUUUUUUACUUUACUACAGCAGAUGUUUCUUUUUUACACAUUUGAACACCGUUUAAAACUGUUGAUAAAUUGCUUCUCAUAUUAUUUUUAUGGUGCCAAUAAUACAACAUGAAAUGAAUUCUUAAAUUUACCACUUGGAAGUUAUAUUUGAAUUUAUCAUAGUGCUAAUUUGAUAUUCUGUAAAUAUAGUUACAGAUGUUAUUAUUCUUGAACAGUCCAAUUUAUGGUCUGAGGUACAAACAUCAAAUAUUUUUUAAUUCAAACUUGUCAUAUUGUUCAAACUCAACUUAAGUGAAUUUAAAGUUAACAUUGCUCAUACAAUCACUACUUUAGUACUUAGAAAAAGUAAUUUAAAGUCUCUGUAAAAAUUACUAUUAAUAUUUUUAAAAUGUAGAAUAUUUUAUUACCAUUUAUUUUGAAUAAAGUUCUAAAUGAAAAUUUUAAACUUACGUAGUAUGAUUAUUUUAAAUGUACAUAGUGUAAAAACAGAUACGUAAGAAUAUUAUUGAGUUAAUAUUUAUGCGAUUAGACAACCAGUAUGAUUAUUUUGUUACUGCACAAAAAUAGGGAAUAGGACUAGUCUAAAGUUUUACUGAAAUUGUUCAAGUGCACUCUGUCUCGAUCAAUGAGAUUAUUACAAAUGAAUUUGACUUCAAACAUCUUUAUAUCUCAAGUCAUGUGGUUUCAUAAAUUGAAUACCCCUGUUUGGUGCAUGAAAGCCAUAUGCAGCAUUAUAAAUUUGUUGAAACACAUUCUGAACAAUUGAACAGUUUAUGAACAUGCUAGCAUCCUUGAUUUUAUGAUUUCUUCUACAUCAUGCGUACAUAUUUUAAAAACACAAUUGCUUUCUCCUUUCAAACUUUGUAAUCAUUUUCAUAGUUGUACAUUUUUUCAUUGCAGUAGGUUUGUUUGCAAUGCAAUUGUUACUACUACUGCAACUACAUUGGUUGUUCUUGCAAUAAUAAAUUGUGUUGAAAAGUAUAUUUUGUACAUGUCAGUUAUCAACAAGAUAGAUUUAUAAUUAUAUGCCACCUUGUUGUCACAAAUAUAAAUCUUCACUUCUAGAGUUUAA